AUGGAGGACGUGAAGAGAGAAGAACCCGAGGUGGUGGCUGAAGAGCGCCCCGUCGCUGAGGAUGGAAAUGAUGAGGAAGAGAUCACCGCCAUGAAGCGCCGCGUUGCUGAGAUGGAAGCAGAGGCGGAGAAGCUCCGUGAGAUGCAGGCCACUCUGGAGGAGCGCGGCCAGGAAGCCAACAGCGAGGAGCGAUCUGACGUGGACAGCCGCAGCAUCUUCGUGGGAAAUGUCGACUACUCGGCGUCCCCCGAGGAAAUCCAGGCCCAUUUCCAGGAGUGCGGUUCCAUCAACCGCGUCACCAUCCUCCUCGACAAGUUUACCGGCACGCCUAAGGGUUACGCCUACGUCGAGUUCACGGAGCCCAGCCUUGUCGCGCAGGCCCUCGUACUGAACGACAGCGUCCUGAAGGGCCGAAAUAUUAAGGUCACCCCCAAGCGAACGAACAUUCCUGGCAUGACUAGAGGUCGAGGACGUGGUCGUGGAGGCUUCGGCGGAAGAGGUUCUUAUGGUGGAAGAGGUGGUUACAUCCCUCGUGGCGGAUACCGUGGUGGAUAUCGCGGACGUGGCCGCGGCGGCUACAACCCCUACUAG